ACACACAGAGAGAGGCUUCAUUCCCAGCCACAAAGAUCCAGCAUUACGCAUCCAGCGCCGCAAAAAAAGAGAGAGAGAAAGCCUCCUUCCGAUGAGCGUCCACGUUUCUCCGCCGUGUUUUUUCCCUGCUUGACGCGUGAAUCAGGCCACCGGGACUGAGGAGAUAACCGGGCCUUGCAGGCUGGAACCGGAACGUUUCGUUUGUGUCUUUAAAAAAAACAAAACACAAGAGAGACGCGUUUUUUUGUUUUUUGUUUUUUGCUUGUGUGCUGGCAUUGCUGUGAGAAUUACCUCUGGUUACUCCAAAAUAAAAGAACAUACCGAUAAACUGGUCGCUCCACUGAAACAAUCCUUCGGUCAUGCUGUGCACCUGCCAGACCUCCGCUGCUGCUGCUGCCGGACCGGACUGUUGAAGAAAAAAGAAGGGCAACUUUGGGGGGGGGGGAGAAGUUGCCAUCAGAUCGGUUGUAGAAUCCGGGGGGUGGAGGGGCAAACUAAGUCUCUCCAUCGAGUAGAAUCACCUUUUUUUCUUCACAUUUUCAUCCUUGAUAGGAAGGCGAAACGGCGACUUCAGUUGAUUAUCUCUCUUUCCUUUGCUAUCCAAUGGAUAUUCACUGCAAAGCAGACCCCUUCACAGCGAUGCACCUAUCCCACGUAGGGCACGGAGGUGUGAACCAGCUCGGCGGGGUGUUUGUGAACGGCAGACCCCUCCCGGACGUGGUGAGGCAGCGGAUAGUGGAGCUGGCCCACCAGGGCGUCCGGCCCUGCGACAUCUCCAGACAGCUGCGGGUCAGUCACGGCUGCGUCAGCAAGAUCCUGGGCAGAUACUACGAGACUGGCAGCAUCAAACCAGGGGUGAUUGGUGGGUCGAAACCCAAAGUGGCCACGCCAAAGGUGGUGGAAAAAAUCGCAGACUACAAAAGACAAAACCCCACCAUGUUCGCCUGGGAGAUCAGAGACAGACUGCUGGCAGAGGGCAUCUGCGACAACGACACUGUUCCCAGCGUCUCAUCCAUUAACAGGAUCAUCCGAACUAAAGUCCAGCAGCCUUUCCACCCAUCUCCGGAUGGGACGUCUCUGUCAGCACCGGGACAUACAAUUGUACCAAGCACAGCCUCUCCGCCUGUAACCAGCGCCUCCAACGACCCUGCAGGAUCCUACUCCAUCAAUGGGAUUCUGGGUAUUCCACGAUCCAAUGGUGAAAAGAGGAAAAGAGAUGAAGAUGGUUCAGAUGGUUCUGGCCCAAACAGUGAUUCUCAGGGUAGUGUGGAGAGUUUACGGAAGCACCUGAGGGCAGAUGCCUUCACCCAGCAGCAGCUGGAAGCGUUGGACCGGGUCUUUGAACGCCCCUCGUACCCUGACGUCUUCCCUACAUCGGAGCACAUCAAACCAGAACAGGCUAAUGAGUACUCGCUCCCUGCCCUGAAUUCCAGCCUGGACGAAGUCAAGCCCAGUUUAUCCUCUAGCGCCAACCCAGACCUGGGCCCCAGCGUGUCGCAAAGCUACCCUGUAGGUCGGGAUAUGGCCAACACAACCUUACCUGGUUACCCCCCUCACGUCCCCCCCACAGGCCAGGGCAGCUACCCGACCUCCACACUCGCUGGAAUGGUUCCUGGGAGUGAGUUUUCGGGGAACCCCUACAGCCAUCCGCAGUACACGACCUACAAUGAAGCCUGGCGAUUCAGCAACCCAGCAUUACUAAGUUCCCCUUAUUAUUAUAGUGCCGCAUCGAGAGGCUCCGCCCCUCCCACUGCUGCCACUGCCUAUGACCGUCACUAGUUACCAUGGAAACCAAAUCAACCUGCAGGACCAUGGCCUCAGCCUCCAUAUUGCCCCGGUGUGAGCGGCAUGGUCCACUGGACACUGAGCAACUGCGCAUAAAAUGUUCCCGGCUCACACAAUAAGAAACUUAAGGGUUUUUUUGAGGGGAUUCAAGAUGACUUCUGUCUUCUCUCUCUGUCAUCGCAGCUUUUUUGGACACUCAAAGCCAAAAGAAAUAAAUAAAUCUCCAAGACAUCACCAAGGACACUGAAAGACACACAUGAUGACACUUGUGGCUCAUAACAGUGGUUUAAAAAAAGAGAGAAAAAAAAGAAAAAACAAAAAUAUCCAGAAUUUAUUUUCCCUUCUAGCAGUGUCGCAGUUUCAUCCCAUCGUGGAUCAAUACUGUACAUUCCUUUUCUUGAUGGCUCUCUGCAGGGACACUGUUCGGAGCUUAAAAUGUAGCAGCAGCCUUUUUUUUCCUCUUUCUGUUUCCUCAUUCGUCUGCCACUUGAUUCAGACCAGAGGGGAUUAGCAGCAGCACACGCAGGCUGUGGCAGGCUAACGUUGUUUUUACCCAUUUGAACAGUCACCGACCAAACAUCCAGCAUGAGUAAAUCGAUCGCUUUUUUCGAUGCCAUGAGAAGAUUAGGACAUGUUCUCUGUGAUACACAAUCAAGAUGUAAAAAAAAAAGAAAAAAAGGAGAAAAAAAUGAAAUAAAUAAAGAAACAUCAGUUUGAAAAUAGAGGGAGCCAUGACAAUAUAGCAUCGUGGCACACCGGCUAUUUGCAAGAUUUCAAGAAACUAGUAAAUAUAUUCUUAAAAAUGAUUUUUUUAUUUCAUUUUUAUAAUUCGUAAAAACUGCAGACUGCUUGGCUAGUGUUUUACUAUGUCUUAUUUGUCAGGAUUCAAGAGGUCAUCAGGCAAAAAUCCUAUUUUUUUGUGUCUUUUGUUUUGUUCAUUUUGCACUAUUUUGGAGGUUUGCAACACUGGAGCGUUAUUAUGCAGAAAAAUGAUGUGCAUAUUUGCUUUAUUUCACACAAAAAUUGGCUGUAAGUCUAAUAAGUCUCAGUCUGAAGAAGGCACUUACAGUUUUUACAGUUAAUCUCGUAAUUCAAGGCCCCAUCGUGUCACUGCCUUGAUGUGCACUAUGCUACGUUCUCACAGCUUCCAUUUCUAUUUAAGUUAAUUAAGUCUUUGGCAUUACAACCACAGAAAAAGGAUACAACAGCCAUCCCGAGUCGAACCAUGUUUCAUUGUUUGUCUAGUUUGAUAACAGAAGCGGCCAGAUUCACUCCGACUCUGGCGACUCCAAUAACAUCAAAAAGCAGGGCGACAAUUUCAGCUAAAUGCCUUAAACACGUUCCUCCUUCCUCAACUUUAGCUCCCUCACAUGUUUCAGGCCAAGUCAUUACUUUGAAUCAAGCUGAACUGAUGGUUUUCUUUUCUUCAUCUGUCAAGUGAAUGUAUUUUGCAUUUGCCAAAGACUUAGUUCUUGUUAAUGUUUAUUUACAGGCCGCCUAUUAUAUGCAUCAUGAGAGCAGUAUUAUUAUUAUUAUUGUUAUUAUUAUUAGGAGAAAAAAAAGCCCACAUUGUUCAUGAGGAAAAGUCUAUGUAUAAAUUCUAUGCAGUGCAGAGAUGGUCAUCAUAUGCAUAUUCAGCUGUAAACCUAAAGGUAGGUGGAGUUUAUUUAAUGUUAUGUUAUUUACAAAUUGUUCAUUUUGUAGAGGCAUUUUUUUGUGUGUGAUGUGAAGACACUUCUCUGUAAAUACAGUAAGAAAAAAUGUCUUUCAUGUUCAUGGUUAUUAUCACUUUCAUUAUGCUGGUAUCACUUGUACAAUAAUAAAAGUGUCUGAAAUCUUUUA